GGGGUUAAGCAGAAGUGGCGUGGUGGAAUGGAACUGGGGAAGCUGGGAGACGACUUGGUACGGAGUAUUCUCACGAAGCUUCCAUUCGAUGAAAGAAUCUUCACCGCCGCCUGUGUAUGUCGUCAGUGGUUGAGGGUGGCGCGGGAGCCGGAAUGUUUUCGAGAGAUCGACACGAGGGAGUGGGCGGAGAGGCAAGGGCGUUUGCUACACGACACCAGGUGGCGCAAACCCGUCAUUAUCGGUGGUCGGUCCAUCCCCGCCCGUGCGGAUGCUAUGUUGAAGAAGCUGGGUGAGCUAAGCAGAGGACGGGUGGAGACGUUGAUCCUUCAGUAUUGCACUACGAAGGGGAUGAUGGCUGUUUGUGCUGGGCAGACGAACCUCAGGCGUCUAGAACUUUGGUCUGUGUUCGGUUCCCUUGACGAGCGGCGGAUUGAUCGUUUGCUGAGAUCAUGUCCGCAAUUAGAACACUUGAAGAUUGGUGACGUCACCUUGCCGGACUCUUUUAGUCGAUGGCCCUUUUGCCGACCUCACCCUGACUCCCCGUACUCUCCUCCUCUUGCUGAUCGAAUUCCCUCUUCUCUCCUCAGAAGUGCCGCCUUCGGCGACGAUUCUGUAAUCGACGACAGUCAUUCCGUCGUGUGGAUGGAACCGCCCCCUUGUGAGUGUGUCAAUCCCCUUCCUCCCAUAUUUCGAUCUCCGCAGAUUCAACGUGGGCUCUUGGAUGAAGAAAGUGGCGACGGAUCUGAUGGGCAAGAUGGAGGAGGGGGAAAUGAAGUGGAAAGACAGGGGCGGGGUGGCGCUGAAGGGUCUGGGCCAAGCGGUAAAGGGGGAGGAGGAGGAGGAGGAGGAGGAGAUGAAAUGGAGAGAGAGGAGGGGAGGGGUGAUGGACGCUCGGCGGUGAUCGACGAUGUAGGAGGAGGAGGGGAACAUGAAGAAGAAAGCGAAGAAGGUUCUGGGGGCCAAGAUGAAGAUGGAGGAGGAGGAAAUGCCGUGGACGAAGAUGGGCAGGAUGAUGACCAAGGGUCGGCGGCAAGCCAUGAAGCGGGAGGAGGAGUAGGAGGAGGAGGAGGGGAAGGAAGUGAUGAAGUGCAACGAGAGGAGGGGGUGGGUGAUGAAGGUUCUAGCGCGAGGAGGGAAGAAGAAGCAGGAGGAAAUGAAAUUAUUGAAAGAGAGGGGCGUGGUGAUGAUAUACUAAGGUGUUCGCCUGUCCAUGGAGAAGGAGUAGGAGGAAGAGGAGAAGGCGGAGGAGGAGGAGGAGAGGGAGGAGGAGAAGGAGGAGUAUUAGGAGUAGAAGGAGAAGGAGUAGGAGGAGGAGGAGGACGAGGAGGAGGAGGAGGAGGAGUAGAAGGAGAAGGAGGAGGAGUAGGAGUAGAAGGAGGAGUAGAAGGAGUAGGAGGAGGAGGAGGAGGAGGAGGCGGAGAAGGAGAAGGAGGAGGAGGAGAAGGAGGAGGAGGAGGAGAAGGAGGAGAUGAUGAAGUGGAAAGUGAAGAUGGGUGGGGUGAUGAAGAGGUCGUGAAUGACGGUGGUGGGGACGAGGAGCUUGUUGUGACCGUCUUCUCAGUCUAUGGUAUGUGGCUGUCGCCGCCUGGUCGCCUUGAGAUCCGCUAUCGUCAAUUCUUGCCCAGACCUCCUUCUCCUCCAACCAUUGAGGAUGAAGACGGUUCUACAUCAGAUUCUUCAUCCACCUCAUCUUCAUCUUCAUCGAGCGGCGAAGAGCAGCAGGCCGGUCUCCAGAUGCGGGGAGGUAAUCAUCAGGAAGAGGGGCAAGGCCAUCAUGAUGACGGAGUGGAAUCCGAUCCUGUUGCUACGACGACGGCGGCGGCGGCGGCGGCGGAUGCCUCUGCCGCGCUAGAAGAUGAAGAUGAUAAUGAUUGUGAUGUCUCAUUUGGUGAUCAUGGCGUUGAUGGAUUGUCAGUUCUGAGCAUCGCCAAGAACUGUCCAAAUUUGAAGACGCUUCAUCUCACGUCAGCUCUUGGCAGCGACGACUUCUGGACGCAGACCACGAUGAUGGCCUUAGUCCAAGGAUGCACGGGAUUGACCGAUCUGUGUCUUGCCUGUCUAUUCUUCUACCGCUCGUCCGGAGAUGCCGACCAGCCGGAUUUGAGAGGCUUAGUCCAUCGAACCAGAUUGCAUGAUCUAGACGUAUGGGAUUCCUAUUUCCGUUUCACUCGACGUCGACAGCUGACAUCUCUGUGCGUGAUAGAUAGCGUCUACUUCGGCGACUCUCAGCUAGAGGUGGCAGUGACAGAGUGUUUCGGCUUAACGAAACUCGACGUGAGCGGCACGCGGGUGUCCGACUGGGGGAUCGCUGCAGCGGUGCGGAAUUGCGCUCACCUCCGGAUACUUAGCGCAUCUCGGUGUAGAUACGUCACCGACGAAUCAGUUAGGGUUGUGGCGGCUGCAGCUGGGCGGCAGCUGCGCGAGCUGUGUUUCGACGACACCAGCGUCACACACAACGCCUUGUCUUCUCUUGCCUGCAUGGGAACGCACACUCCAGGACUUGUGAAGCUUCUGCUGUACGGAACCUUCGUCGGAAGAGGAGGAGGAGGAAGAGCAGCAGGAGGAGAAAGAGAAAGAGUCUCUACCUUACCCUCCUUGGAAUCGUUGCCAAGUUUACAGGUCAUUCUUCAGCGUCAUCCCCAUCUGGAGGAGAUGGGUUUGCGCGUCUUCGAUCCGUUGUUAGAUGCCCAUCAAGCGGAGUGCAUGGAGUUGAUGUGGGCACAAGCAGUGGCGGCGCGGAUGAUUGCACAGUCUGAACGCGCAUUCACGCAGCAUGGGGAAGAGGGAUUGCGUAGCAGCAACAAGAGGAACGAUUGUGAGUAUGGCUGCGAGGAUGGCUGGGAGUAUCGUAGCGAGGAUGGUAUAGAUUGGGAGCCUCGUCUUCCCGCCUGGCAGUGCUGUGGUCCUUUCCUGCGUUGCCUCUCUGCAGUGGGUCGGUCCUUACGCCGCCUUCAUCUCUAUUGCGACCCGAGAGCGCUUUUCGGCGACUUCCAGGUGGGGUUUCUCGAUUUCCUCAGCUCCUGCCCCAAUCUAGUCUCUCUCAGAUUGACAGGAUUUGCCCAAGUAAGUGAUGCCAUCGUGUACAGGCUGGGGGAUUUGUGUCCUUUGCUGGACCAUCUCGCCAUAGCUGGUUCUCGAAUACCCUUCUCCAGAGGUAUCGAGCACCUGGCUGUCACAAGCCCCAGACUCAAGUCUUUCGAGUACCGUCCGGACCAUUACAGGGACGUCCUCUUGGACCAAGCAUAUGACCUGGCUGCCUAUAUCAGGAGGUGAAGCUUUUAAUUAGCCUACCGGCUUCCGCCAAGCCAUUGAC